AUCUUGUUCUAGAUUUUUCACUUUAGUAGUAAGCCAUGGAAGUCUCAAACCACGGCAGGAAACGGAAAGCGAUCGACGCCGGCAACAACUCUCCUACGGCGUCAUAUCGAACCUCAGACGGAUACGAACCCAACGCCGUAGAUCUCUCCCUCCUCGAAGAGCUCGAGAAAUCCUCCCACCACCAAGUCGAAGCCGUCGAUCUCAAAACCCUAAAAAAGCUCGUCCUCUCCUUCGAGCGGCGCCUCAGGGACAACAUCGCCGCCCGCCUCAAGCACGUCGAGAAUCCCGAGAAGUUCGCCGACUCGGAGGUCGACCUCCACGACGAGCUCCAGAAGCUCAAAAUCCUCGCCGGAGCCCCGGAGCUCUACCCGGAGCUCGUCGCCUCCAACACGAUCCCCUCCAUCGUGAACCUCCUCUCACACGAGAACGCGGACAUCGCGAACGACGUCGUCCAGCUUCUCCAGGAUCUGACCGACGAAGACGCCUUGGAGGAUAACGACGAGCCUGCGCGCGUGCUGGUCGACGCGCUGGUGGAGAACAACGUCCUCGAGCUCUUGGUUCAGAACAUGAACCGGUUAUCGGAGGCGGAUCCGGACGAAGCGGCAGCUGUAUACGCCACCUUGACGGUUAUCGAGAAUCUCGUGGAGGUUAAGCCGGCCGUAGCCGAGACUGUGUGCGAGCGAACGAAGCUGUUGCGGUGGCUCGUUCUGAAGAUCAAGGUUAGGGACUUCGAAGGGAUCAAGCAGUACGCGUCCGAGAUUCUUGCGAUUCUGCUGCAGAAUAGCACGGCGAAUCAGAAACGGUUAGGGCAGAUGAACGGUGUGGAUGCUGUGCUUGAAGGCGUGGCGAUGUAUAAGUCGAAGGAUCCUAAGACUCCUGAUGAGGAGGAGAUGUUGGAGAAUCUGUUUGAUUCCCUUUGCUGUCUCUUGAUGCCGUUGGAGAAUAAGGAGAGGUUUGUGAACGCGGAGGGUGUGGAGCUGAUGAUCAUUAUAAUGAAGCAGAAGAAGUUUGCUUAUGGUUCCGCGAUUCGGGCGCUUGACUUCGCCAUGACUAACUAUCCGCCGGCUUGUGAGAGGUUUGUGGAUGUUAUGGGGUUGAAGACAGCGUUUGCUGCCUUCAUGGGUAAGAUUCCGCUAAACAAGAGGAUUAAGAGGGAGCGGUAUAAGGAGGAGUUAGAGGAGCGGGUUAUUUCGCUAGUUGCGUCAUUAUUUGCUGGGAUUUUAAGGGGUUCUAGAAGAGACCGUUUGUUGAGCAAGUUCGUUGAGAAUGAAUAUGAGAAGAUUGACCGCCUUAUGGAACUAUACAUUAGAUACUCUGAUAGGGUUAGAUCAGAGGCUGAGAGGUUAGACCAACUUGAGCUUGAUGACCUUGAGUUGGAUGAAGAUGAAAAAUAUAACCGGAAACUAGAAUCAGGCCUCUACAGUCUUCAGCUUAUUGCUGUCAUUCUGGGCCAUAUUUGGUGCUCUGAGCAUUCUGGAAUGAGAGCGCGGAUCGAGCUGCUGUUGAAGCAACAAAAGCUAAGUAAAAACGACGUCAAGGAGAUACUUCAGGAAUAUCAUGACAAUAUUGGAGAUGUUGAAGGAGCAGAGGAGAAGGAACGAGGACAGGCGAGAAUUCAGUUGUUCAUAUCUGCAAUGUGAUGUUAGAGGAAGAAAGAUGAUGGGGAAAAUUCCAAAUAGCUUCUCCAAUCAGCCAGAUUCUUAUUAGACUUCUGUUUUUUUUUUUAUCUCAAGAGGAUUUGACUCGAGUACAAAAAGCAGAUUGUUCGGUCACAGAUUGCACGACUGUUUUGGAGGUUUUAGUGUAUUUGCAAUCGUUCAA